AGUUCAAAAAUGUGUUAAAACUGCGAGCAGUAAAAGCGAAUGGGUGAAAAACAGUCAGAGUCUUCUCCCUUUGCUGUGAUCAGCCGGAAGAGAGAGGGUGGCGUUGAGGGAGAGUGAAAGUGGGGGGAUAGUGGACUUGGAAAGAGAAAGUUGUCUGUGAAGUCCCGUGUAUCCUUGCCUCUGGAUAGACGGGGAAUUCUGUAGGCUCUGCCGAUUUCCCUUUCCAUACUUUUUUGUACAAAUAUCCAACUCGCCUGCAAGAUGUGUGAAUUCAAACAGUCUUCGUGUGUGCAAAGGAGCUUGUACCUCUUCUCGUCAGGAAUAUGGAUAUCAAAUACAUGUUUAUGUGCCUUUUCGUCCUUAGCGGCGUCCACACCAUCAGUUCCACAUGUACACGACUUCCGAUGUACGAGCGCCUAAGUAAAGAAUGCCUGAGACUUCUAACAGAAAUGGGUGGAGACUUUAAAGACAGAUUUAUUCCUAUACCCAGUGGAUACCCUGGCCGUGCCGCACAUCUCUACAAGGCUGCAAGCAAAGCCAAGGCCCAUGACAAGAUGGUAUUCCUGUAUAAUGCCACGCAUCAGAUCGUGAAUCUGUUCGAGAACAACACUGCAAAUAUCCUUGGCAGCUGGGACCAGACCAGUCUGGACAAUCUUCUCAACGUGCUCCACCGCCAGGAGAAAGACCUGCAGACCUGUGCUGGCCAAACCCACACAGGGAUCUUUAAACUCAUGAAGAAACUACAGAGACACUUCCACAAAGUCCACCUCUUCCUCCAAGAGAAGAACUACAGCCAGGAGUCUUGGGAGGUGGUGAGGAAGGAAGUGGAACGCCAUCUUCGCAGGAUGCUCUUCCUAGCCAUCAGCAUGCAGUAACUGGACUGGUACACUGCUGCUCCUGCUAACCAUCGACCUACACCUGGACUGCAGCGGCUUCUAGCUGCCGACCCAGAACCGAACUGACCCUCGACCUACUGUAGAACUGGACUGAUGCUUUUUCUAGUCACAAGCUUGCAACUGGACUGCUACGGUUUUUAUCUGAAGAAAAAAACUUGACAAAAAUGUAUUAUAUUUAAAAAAAAAACGUUACUUUUAUUUAUAUUAUUUAUUAAAGAUGGGAUCAAAUGCCUUGAAAAAUAUUGUGUUACAAAAAGAAAGAAAAAAGUAGGCCUAUUGUUGUAUCUAUAUAGCCUAAUUUAUGUAGGAUGCUCUUCCUAUGUAUGGACCUAUAACUGACUAAAUGCUGUUCCAAUGGCCAUUGAUUCCUACAGCCAGCACCCUAUAACUAUGCUGUAGAGCAGGUCUCUACACCGAAUACUAGACUCUCAUUGGACCAAUGCUAUGACUUGGACACUUAUAUGGACCUCAUGUCUAGUCUUCCCUUGAUACAUUCCCUGUGAAAAAAAUCAUACUGACAAUUUGCCUUGAACAAAUAUUAUUUAUUUUAUUUAUUUGAUGAAUGUUAUUUAUUGAUUGAGCUAUUAUUAUAUUAUUUUGUAAUGUUUUUGUACCAUUAAACCUUUUA